AUGCCACCCUGCCCCGGGGGGAGCGCAGUGGGCAGACGGGCUGGGCGGGCAGGCAGAAGCCCGCGGCAGAGCCCCCCGAGCCGCCACCGUGCCGUGUGCCCCACGGUCAUGCUGCUGCUCCUGCACCUGCUGCCUGCCAUGCUGCCCACCGCCGCCCUGGCCAGCUGCACCGCGGCGGCUGCCGACCGGCAGCUCAUCCUGGCCAAGGUGCGGGCUCGGGUGCUGGAACACCUGAGUCCCCCCCUUCUCCAGGAGGAGCCACAGAUGGAAGCAAGGAGGGUACACCGGAGAGAUGUUCUUGAAAACACCGAAGUGGAGCCAGAAGAGCUGGAGGACACCUCCCAAGUGAUCUUAUUCCCUGCCACAGAUGUUCCCUGUGAGCCCACACAACCAGACAAGUUGCUGGAGGAAGAAGGGAUUUUCACCUACCUCUUCCAGCCCUCGGCACACACCCUGAGCCGUGUGGUGACUUCUGCCCAGCUCUGGUUUUACACGGGCCCCUCGGCUGCCCCCAACCACUCCACCCCAGAUGUGCUGACCCUGUCACCUCAGGGCCGGGUGCCGGUGCCGGCCAUGGUGGAGCAGACACCCGAGCACUGGACCGUGUUUCACUUGGCCCCGGUGCUUCUGCCCCAGCUCUGGCAGCCGCUCUUUGUGCUCCUGGUGCGCUGCCCUGGCUGCCCCUGCCUGGCUGAGAGGGACAAGAUACCUUUCCUGGUGGCCACCACCCGGGCCAAGGGCAGUGAGAGGGCUCGUCGCUCUGCCAUGCCCUGGUCCCCAGCCGCCCUGAGCCUGCUGCAGCGUCCAUCCGAGGAGCUAGCUGCCCACACCAACUGCCGCCGGGCUUCCCUCAACAUCUCGUUCGAGGAGCUGGGCUGGGACAAGUGGAUCGUGCAUCCCAGCAGCUUUGUUUUCCACUACUGCCAUGGGAGCUGCGCUGCAGGCCACGGGCUGAGCCACAGGCUGGGUGUGCAGCUUUGCUGUGCUGCCCUGCCCGGCACCAUGCGCUCCCUGCGCGUCCGCACCACCUCCGACGGUGGGUACUCCUUCAAGUACGAAACGGUGCCCAACAUCCUGGCCCAGGACUGCACCUGUGUCUAGUGCAUCCUGAAGCCCAGCCCUGGACCGUGAUCCCACCCAGGAGGAGUUGCUUUCCCAGUGGAACCUUCGCCACUGGGAUGGGGCAGUUGGCUGAACCACCCUCCCCUGCACAAGCCAAAUUUUUGGGCUGGCCCAGGUACCAUCACAGUGCCAGACUUGCCCUAGGGCCAGUCCCAGCUCAGAGCAAAUCGGGGCAUGGCAUGGCAUAGAUAGGCACAGCCUAUGGCAAAGGCAUCACUGUCCUGCCAAAGCCAGGCUGCUGUCUGCAACCGGAUUAGCCCUCAUCUCUCCCCACCUGCUUCCCUCCUGCAGUUCUGCACCCUCACAAAGAUCGGUGUCUUCCUCCUGCUUCCGAGUUCAACAGCUUCCCCUGUGCUCCAGGCAGGGCCAAUUUGCUGCAGCAGGAUCAGGA